GUCAAAUUGACUCGUCACUGUGCGGUGCACUGCUGCUUGGACAAUCCAUCAGACGAGGUCCGGCUAGUGGCUACAGUCGGCUGAUAACCUGCGCAGUCUGUCACUCUGCGCAUGGUUUCGUCCUCAGCUUCUCAUAUCAUUCAGCAUUUUGCUUCCGACUACGCACGCACCUGCAUCGUUCAAGACGUUCAGCCCGGUCCUAAGCAAAAUGCUAUUGAUUCAAGUCUUGCUCGUGUUCCUGGUCGCUCUGUUUGUAAGCUGCGAGGCUGCUGCCACUCAGAACCAACUCACGAUCACCACCACGGAUUCGACCGCGACCGCCAAGGCCCUUCAGAAGUUUUUCACCGAGGAUGCCACGCAGAACAGGAACAACGGCUUUCUCAAGGUCGUGACUCUCCCCUCCAGUGAAGAAGAGCGUGCCAGCACGAGUACGGGUGCCAUUACCGCAGGUGAAGGUGCUCGUGCUGCAGCUGGCACCACGGUGGUGUCGAGUGACACCACAUCGGGUGAGACUGUGACGGUGACCGUCUACAACAACAACGGACUCUGGCAGCGCUUCCUGCGAUGGUGGAAUCGACUAUUCCACGUAUCUUCAAACCGCCUACUUCGAGAAGGUGGGAAGAAGUGAGCGCUUCCUUAACUGUUAACCCCUCCUUCAAAAUGAAGGACAUUAAGCGUUUUAUGAUAUUAUCAUUGCUAGCUACUCUGGUAUUACCCAACCUAAUGAACGGUACAAUAAUCUUCAACAUCCCCCAACAGUAUUCGUUAGAUUUCUGCUAGUGGGUGAAGAGAACCAACUUGAUGAAAAUGAUGCCU